ACGAACAUUAGUGUGAAUUUUUUUGAAUUUGCUUCAACUGUAUCGACUAACUUAAUGGCAGUGAGAAUGAAGCAAUGCCAACAUUUCAGUAUCUCGAGCAAAUUUAUUUGUUGCAUAAGAGAGCUUGAACAUGUUCCAUCUCUGUACUUUCGCUUCAAUUUGAUUAUAAUUAUGUAUGUAGGAUUGCUUAAUAUAGUGCAAGCGAUAUUUUAGUCAAUUGCAUUAUGAUAUUUGUAUGUUGCUUCUGAAUUUGGAAAUAGUACAACCCAAGCACACUUUUUAUACCUUUUUCAUGUAUUCUCAUUUUUAUCGUAUACCUUUAAUGAGUUACGUACAUAUAUAAUUUAUCAGAUUACGUUUGUAUAAAACCAAAUAUAAUUAUUUCUUAAUCGUUGAUUUAUCACUGUCUUAUCAUACUGGACCAAGUAGAAUUUAUACUUUCAACGAUAAAAUAAGGAAGAUAAAGUAAUAAAGUAAUAACUUUUUGUCUUGACUCGCAAGAAACUUGCACGUAUGCCGAAACAUUUAUCGUUGCAAGUUGCUUGAUAUUAUCAGAUUAAAUAUCAUCUCUAACUGAGAAUGACAAAAAGAAAGAUACAUUUUAUGUAAUUUAUAUCGGGUAAUAUUUUACGAUUACAUAAUUCAAUGAAAAAAAUAAAUCAAACCACUGCUAAAUUGUUCCGAAUGUCUUAUUAAGCAUCUACUCGAAAUAACUCGAAGUAUCGUAAUUACUUCAUUACUGAUAUUAAUGAUAUUCAACAAACUGAUGAACAAAAUGAUUGAAAGAAUGCAUUGUUACGAGUAUCUUGAUAAAAUUAUUUAAUUCUUUUGAUACGAACUACUGUAAUGUCACUGUAAUUAUCCUUUAAACUUGUUGGUAGUGCCGACCGAAAUUCUGCCUAGUUCUUAGUUGAUCAGCACUAAUUUAUCAUUUAGCUUUUGAAUGAAAUGCAAUAUGUUUAUUUUAAUACAUCAACUUGAUACUUCAUAUUAUACUCGGGAUUUCCUAGAAUUCAACUUGAGAGUUGGUUAGGAUCCACAGUUACUUGUCGUGAAACUACGCGAUAAUCUUUAUAUUAAAUGUGCACAGAUUUCGUGAGGGACAUAAAUCGACGACAAUAACGGGUAUUUGCCGUUCGACGUUCAAUAUUAGCUAUAGUUAUUUUUGAAUUUGUAUAUUUGUAUAUUUGAAUUUAUAUAAAUAUACAUUAUAUAAUAUGUUAUAUAUAUGAACACAUUUAUACAAUAAAAGAAGAAAUAAUAAAAAAGAAAGAAAAUGGAGAAAGUAUUAAAUACAUUAAAUAGAAAAAUAAUUGCUGCAAAUAAACAUCAAGAUAUGAUUAAUAGAUACAAAGCACUAUGUACUGAUGAAGAACGUAUAAUAUUUAGUCUCAAUGUUAUGUUAGAAUAUAAUAUAAUUCCGCAAGCUUCUGGUGAUAUAAAAAAUGCAAAGGAAUCUGAAAAAUUAAGAGAAGAGGGUAAUAAAUUAUUUGUUUCAACAUCAUUAAAAAAUCAUACGUGUGUGGAUGCACUAAAGUUGUAUACAAAAAGUAUAGCUUAUGCUCCUUAUCCAUCUGAACAACUUGCUUUGGCAUAUGCCAACAGAUCUGCUGUUUUACUGAAAUUGCAUAAAUAUGAAUUAUGUAUUCAAGACAUAGAUAGAGCAUUAGCACUCAAGUAUCCAGAUAAUUUACGUGCUAAGCUUUAUGUAAGAAAAGUCGAGUGUUUAAAUGCACUGAGAUAUCCAUGUAUGGAAGAUGCCAUAAAAGAAGCACAGUAUUGGUUGGAAAAAAUGUCUAUAGAUGAUAUUAAUCGAAAAAAAUUAAAUGGAAAACUAAAUUCUAUAAACAACUUAGUAUCUCAAAAGUUUAAGAACCAAGACACUAUAAAACAACCACCGCUUCCUAAGAUAUUGGCUCAUAAUAGUGAAGUUCCUUGUGCUUCUGAUGCUGUAAUUAUAAAGUAUAAUGAAGAAUAUGGUAGACAUAUUGUAGCUACUCGUAAAAUAAGCCCUGGCGAAGUAAUUGCAGUAGAAAAGCCUUACUCAUUGAUACUAACGCCUGAUAAUGUGCAUACGCAUUGCUCAAAUUGUUUAGAGGUAUCUUGGGCUAAUAUACCUUGUGAAUACUGCACAUAUGCUAUGUAUUGUUCGGAGGAAUGUAAGGCUAUGGAUUGGAAAAAAUAUCAUGAUGUUGAAUGUGCAGUAUUUCCAUCUAUGUUAAAGAUGAAUUUUGUCAAAUUAGAUCUGUUCAGUUUAAGGCUCGCUAUUCAAGCUGUGAGGGAAGCUACAAGUAUGCAAGAAUUACGAAAAGAGUUAAAAGAAGUUGAUAAUUGUGAUGGUACUAACAUGUUUGGGAGUCUACUGAGCAAAGAUUUAUCUAUGUUAAUAAAAAAUGCUGAUGUUACAUUUGUUGGUGGUCUUAUUCUGAGACAUCAGCAGCUGAUUCCUAGUAAUAUUCAUAGUUUUUCUGAAGAAUAUGGAUUAGAAGCAGUUGAACGUGGUGUUGCAGCUAUGCCAUUCUUCAGUUUAAUUAAUCACAGUUGUAAUCCAAAUAUCUUAAGGCAUUCAAGAUCUAAAUAUAUGAUUAUAUAUGCUAUAUACCCUAUAAAAGAAGGUGAACAGUUAUGUGAUAAUUAUACUCAACAUUAUGCUAUUACACCAAAAGCUGUGAGACAAAAAGAACUUUUGAAACAGUAUUAUUUUAAGUGUAAUUGUCCAGCAUGUGAAGAAGACUGGCCAUUAUACUAUAAUCUAAAAUCUUUUAGAAAUUUAGUUAAGAAGAAGGAAGAUCAGAACAAAAUUAAUCACACGUUAAGGAAAUUUAACAGAUAUGUCGAUAUUGCGACAGAAGGAAAUAUAUCAGAUAAACACAUCCUUAACGAUUUGUUAAAAAUGAUCGAAGUACUGUUUGAGUUGGUGCCAAUGCCAUGUGAAGAAAUGAAUAAUGUAGUAGAAACUUUGAAACGUGUCUACGAUUUGAAUGGCAAUCGAUUUGAAAUUCCUGAACUCUAAGUAAUGUUUUACACAAUGUAAAAUUUAUACAGAACAAAGUUUGAUAUUAUUUUUUCUAAAAAAAAAAUAAACGUACUAUGAAACUAUUUUUUCUUAUUUUUACAUUGAAUAUUUCUGUAUAGAUAUUUUGAUAUUUAAUAAUAUUUAUAUCAUAUAUUUGUGUGUAUUAAAAAUAUAUUUAUGUACUAUAUACAUUUGAUGUCAAUAACAAAUGUAUAUUUGAUAUAAAUAAUAAUAUAUAUAUAUA